AUGAGAAAAAUAAACACCGCGAAAAAAAAAGGUUUCAAAUGUUUUGUGCGGGGCAUUUUGUCUUCCUCAACCAGAAGGAAAAGUUUUCUGCUGCGUCGCCUCUCGAGCAACAAAAGUGCUUUGUAUUUCAUAUUUUUCAUUUGGAAACGCACGGGUGUUUGUCUGGAAGAGAUGGCUUUCGGAAUUUAUCCACCGCACAGAGUAAGGUGGUGUGUGGGGGGAGUGUCCCAAAGAGGAAAUAUAGGGACUGUAGCAUCCACCCACACACCGCAUUUGGGACGCGUUUUUUGGCCCCUGGAUUCCCGCUUCGGGCUGAUACUUUCCACGACCGUGAGACGGGAGCAAAAUAUAAUUGAACGGUACGCCAUCUUCUCAGCAACUUUCCCGUACAUGCAUAAACAGAACCCGCAGAAAGUUCGAAAAAAAGAAAUGACCAGUGGAAUUAGCGUAUGA